GCAUUUUGAUCUGGGUUCCGACUUUUCAGUAUAUCAAGAAUCCAGGAGAUCGCUUUCAGGUCGAACUUAGCCCUUUUCCUCCAGAUCUCUCUUUCUCUCCCUGUUCCUGUUAGCGUUGAGCAGAGAGUGUCGCAAACCAUUCACUUUUCACCUUAUUAUCUUUGUACGAGAGCCUCAAACCCUCGAUCGGACAGCCCCCCCUUCAUUCAGCUCGACAUUCCCUACAAUCACAGUCCUCGCCAUGUCGCAAGACCUGGAAAAGCAGAUCCCUAUCCAGGAAGAGCCGGAGUUUGAAGCCCAAGAAAGCCACAUUGUCCCCGACAGCAAGGAUUUCUCGGCCUCGCCCACCGAGAAGUCAUCGCUCGACCAGCCUACCCAAAAUGAGCCUCCCAAGCCCGCCAAUCCAUGGAUGGACCCGGCUUCGUUCCCAGACGGCGGUGCCCAAGCCUGGCUCACGGUCGCUGCCGCUAGCGCCUGUUUUUUCGUCUCUUGGGGAUGGAUCAACUGCAUCGGAGUCUUCCAAGACUAUUACAUGCGCGCCGAGUUGAAGCAAUACUCACCUAGCACCGUCGCCUGGAUUCCGUCGCUGGAAACAUUCUUUAUGCUGGCCACCGGGCCGGUGGCUGGGUUUAUUUUCGACAACUAUGGCCCGACGAAGCUGCUCAUUGUCGGGAGCUUUCUGCACGUGUUCGGGUUGAUGAUGGCUUCCAUCUCGAAGGAAUACUACCAAUUUCUCCUCAGCCAGGGCGUCUGCAGCGCCAUUGGAGCAUGCUGUAUCUUCACCCCAGCAGUCUCAUGUGUCUCGACAUGGUUCUUUCACAAGCGAGGCAUGGCCAUCGGAAUUACCGCUGCGGGCAGCUCUCUCGGCGGUGUCCUGUUUCCCAUCAUUGUCAGUCGUAUGAUCGACGAGACUGGGUUUCCGUGGGCGAUGCGGACCUGCGCGUUUCUGAUUCUCGGCCUGUGCACCUUCGCCAUCUUCACACUGCGCUCUCGGUUUCCUCCGACUCGGCGACCUUGGAGUCUCAUGGCCUUCAUCCGCCCGCUGAAAGAGAUGCCCAUGAUUUUGCUCACUCUUGCCACGUUCUUCUUCUACUGGGGCAUGUUCCCCGUGUUCUCCUUCGUCACCGCGGUGGCCAACGGAAGGGGCAUGUCCCUGGAACUGGCUCAGUACCUCGUCUCCAUCCUGAACGCCGGGUCUGUCUUUGGUCGGACAUUGCCAGGGUUGCUGGGUGACCGGGUCGGGCGAUUCAACGUCAUGACCGUGUUCUGCACUCUAACGGCCAUCCUGAUCCUCGCCGUGUGGAUCCCUGCCACGAGCAACGCCGGUCAGCUCGUGUUUGCACCUUUGUUUGGGUUUGCUUCAGGUGCAGCUAUUGGUUUGACGCCUGCUCUGAUUGCACAAGUGUCCCCGAUCAGAGAGAUUGGUGUCCGCACGGGCACAGUCUUCGCAGCGGGUUCGAUAGGAGCGUUGACGGGCUCGCCGAUCGGCGGAGCAUUGAUCACUCGCGAUCACGGCGGCUUUCUGUACCUUCAAUUGUGGGGCGGUAUUGUUUGUAUUGUCGGCUGUUUCUUCUUCCUUGCAGCUAGGAUACACCUGGUUGGCGUCGACCUGAUGAAGAAAGUGUAGACGAGGGGGUUUUCUGGGGUAUUCUGGAAGGAGAAAACGGUGAACCAGCGUGGCCGUGAUCCUGUAUACUUAUUAGCGAUAGACUUGACUGACUCCACUUAAAGGAAAUUCAUGGCACUCAGAAACGUCUCCCGGCGAGCGGUAAAUGGGCGAAUUGCUUGUUCGAUAAAGCCUGACCGUGGUGGGUUUAUCCCAAGUAACUCUGUAUGAAGUCUACCUGGAUGCCUCUGAUUUGUAUAUAUCUAGGUGGUGGUGGUGGUGUUUGGUGACGGGUUUCUCCCCUGGCGUGCUUGGUCAGAUUGCGGCUUGUGGUGCAACUUCCCCCACCACUGACUGCGCCAAGUUUUGCACUG